AUAUCUUGUUUGCUUCACGUUCACUUCGAGGAUAUCACACAAAUUUCACAUGUGUGAAGUGCAUUCGAUCGUUGUGAGCGCUUAUCCGGUCAUUAUUCCGCUCUAAGCACGCGUCUUCGAAGCUCUGGGGAAGGGGGAACACUCAGUGACUAAACUUUCUUUCUACUCUCUCGUUUGAACCUCUUCGAGCCUCAGUUCGACCAGCGGAUAAGUUCUACGCGUUAUCAACCAGACCAGGAGUGUAGCUGGUGGUUUCAGGUCUAUGCCAAGACGAGCACAAAUACAUUGUGUCUCUCUUCGUUCAUCUCUCGUUAAUCUCCCGAUAUCAAUAUAUGGUCCGUUGUUAGAACGGGGAGUACGUCCCCAAGGACUCGCAGUCCACCUCACCCUCGUCUCUUCGUCCAAACAGCCCAAUGGAUCUGCUAGCAGUACUAAUGGCAUAAUCAAAGGGGAAGCUUACGUAGGAUGGACGGGGAUGGCUUCAGCUUCCUCUCUGGCGCACUUCAACUCUGCAUCCAGAGGUGCAGGUGGUGAGAGAGGUUUAGAGACGAUUGAGAUUGACCCACAGUUUGCUGAAGGGUUGGAGUUUAGAGAAGGGGAUGUGGUGGAAAUUGGAUUGUUACAUGAUCUUGGUUAUGCAACUUCUGUUGCGACUGAACCUUUGACUUCAGAUGAUUGGGAGAUUCUCGAAAUACAUGCAUCCCAUGUAGAAUCCACAUUACUCUCACAAGUCCGUGUCGCAGCUAUAGAUCAAGAAAUUGACGUGUGGGUCCUUGGACGUACGCGAGUCCGCCUGAAAGUUGUCUCACUCGAGCCCUCUAAUGGCAAAGCACUCCUUCUGACCACCUCCACCGAAGUCAGCAUUGCACCUAAAACACGUUCCAGAAUGCCCAAUGGCACCUCAAAAUCUGGCAUCCCCUCAAAAUUGAACGGUCUGCCGACGGCAGUUUCUGCUCAACCCAGCAAAUCCACCUCUGAGCUCAAAACCAAGCCCUUGGUCUUCCGAGUCCUCCCAAAACGCGUACUUCCACCCAUCUCACCCAAUUGUUCGGCACUCGAUGAUGGGUCUGUCGCUGCUAUCAUCUUCGUUUCUAGAAUGGACUUGAGACAAAUGUCCCAAUUGCGGUUGCGGGAGUUUUGUGAUUUGGUAGAUGGCGGAAAGUGUUGGAAGGGAAAUGUGAAGAGAUUGCUUCCCCCAGAGGACCCUACACGCGCCCAAAAUGACUCUGGCGCUGCAGGAAGUGCACCACCAGUACCGAGGAUUCUGGUGCCAACGGAUUCAAAAGCAGCUCAAGCGGCGGUUCAGCCAACAAUACCCACGGAUGAAGUCUUACUUGUAUGGUCUCCGAAAGUACCGUUACCAGACGGCUAUGCCCUGGUUCACGGUUCAGUGGCAGAUGUUGAGGAUUAUGAUAAUAUUGUAGUGAUCAUGAAGGACGUUUCUGAACACAAGGUGGAGUUUGAGGCGCCACAUGCAAGCUCCAUAUCGAACCAGUCUGGCAAUCCUCCUCCAAAACUCGCUGGCGUGGAUAAGAUUUUGAAAGAUUGUGUCGAGUUCUGCGAGGCUACGUAUUUCGCACAGUUGGCUACUAAGAGUAAGGUCCGCGGAGUUCCCGGGCUGUUGAUAACAGGUCGGCCUGGUGCAGGCAAGACCUCAAUCCUCAACGCUGUGGCUAGACAUUUACAAGAUAGCGAUCGAACGUAUUCUUACGUGCUACGCGUUGAUCUGGCACAAUAUGUCGCGUCGCCUAUACCCAAGAUCAAGACGUUGUUGAACUAUUGGUUCGAGAAAGCGCAUUGGCACCGUCCCUCGGUCAUCGUAUUUGACAAUAUGGACAAGCUCAUGGCGGCCGAGCAAGAGCACGCAGAAUCCUUCCGCCAACGUCAUAUCACAGAACUCUUUAUACACUACUAUAGUUCAUCGUUCCGAACUGUGCAACCAGACGCUACUGGUCUCGUCUUCAUCGCCUCAGCAGAGUCAAAGGCUGCGUUACAUCCAAACCUCAUGGCUACGCAUAUGUUCAAGGAGACUGUUCAUCUGCAGCCUCCAGGCAAAGACGAACGAAAAGAGAUGCUUACGCACCUUGUUCGAACCCACACUGACGUAUCAGAUCUCUCUGAGGACCCGACGCAACCUCUUAAUUACACUGCAUUAGCGAUGGAGACUGAAGGGUACUUGAUCACGGACCUGAAAGACUUGGUUGCCAGAGCGGUUCAUCAAGCUGCUAUUCGAAUAGCUGAACAUGAAGACGACGAGGGCUUCCAGCCAACGCUCCUGCCAGACGACUUCACGAAGGCGCACAAAGGUUUUGUUCCAUUAUCAUUACGAGAUGUUCCGUUGCAUAAAUCCGAUGUGAUCUGGGCUGACAUUGGUGGUCUUCGGGAAACCAAGCGUGUAAUUCGAGAAACAUUAGAGUGGCCCACGAAGUACGCUCCGAUCUUCGCGCAGUCUCCAUUACGACUUCGUCAAGGUCUUCUGCUCUAUGGAUAUCCUGGUUGCGGAAAGACCCUGAUAGCUUCAGCCGUGGCAAAAGAAUGUGGCCUAAAUUUCAUCAGUGUCAAAGGACCUGAACUGCUCAACAAGUAUAUUGGUGCCAGUGAACAAUCGGUCCGUGAACUCUUUGACAGGGCAAGUGCAGCCAAGCCUUGCGUUUUGUUCUUCGACGAGUUCGACUCAAUCGCUCCGAAGCGUGGACACGAUAGUACCGGUGUUACUGACCGUGUCGUCAAUCAACUUCUGACCCAAUUGGACGGUGUCGAGGGACUCGAUGGUGUUUACGUUCUGGCAGCCACCAGUCGACCUGAUCUUAUUGACUCGGCUCUGCUGCGUCCUGGCCGUCUUGACAAGUCACUAUUAUGUGAUAUGCCUGAUGCACAAGAUCGCAAGGAGAUCCUGGAGGCGGUCAGUCGCAAAGUGAAGCUCUCGCCGUCUAUCAACCUAGAGGACGUCGCUCGUGAUACUGAAGGGUUUUCCGGUGCUGAUCUACAAGCUCUCAUCUACAACGCACAUCUUGAAGUUGUACACGAAGCGAUAGCUGCUUCCAAGUUGCAUCCCAACGCCCCAAGUUCUCGGAAUGUCGACGAUGAGGAUGAUAUCGGGCCCGUGCAGUAUACCACACUAUUCGGACGAUCAGAGACCAAGAAGGUGAUGACUCGAGCAGAAGAAGAGGCGAUGCAAAGAAGGUUGCGCCGGAUGAUCGCCAACACCAUUCGAAAACCUGCCGACUCAGCACGAGAAGCGACUUCUGCAGAAAGUAAACCUGUCGAACAGCAUGAGAUACGAGAAGAGCACAUCCAACGAGUGCUUAAGACCACUCGACCUUCCGUCCCUCCUCAAGAGCGCGAAAGAUUAUGGCGAAUAUAUCAUGCUUUCGUCGACGACAGAAGUGGGGAGCUUCCUGUACCACCUGAUGCGGGCGGUAUUGGAUUGCGAGCGACGUUGAUGUGAUACGUUCCGAGGUAUGGAAGAACACGAUACAAGUUAUUCGAUAAAUCCGCUUCCUUCUGCCACUAGCACAAGUCGUUUUUGGAUGCGAUACUUGAUACCAUUAGCAUGUUGCCGACGAUGAAGAUCAGAGAUUCAGGUGUGCUUCAAGAGAGAAACAAACUGUAAUAAACCAUGUCCUCCUGCUGACCCAAAAUACUUGGCAUACUCCCGGGUAAAAGAUUACCCUCUCUGCCUGGGAGUCGAACCCAGCUUUCGCGCGCACUUCGAAUCA